AAUGCUGAAGCUUUUCUCCAGGCAGCACCUAGGAAACGUUGUGAAAGUCAGAAGGGGAGGAAAAAGUAGGUAGAGAGCCAGAUGCUAAUAUUUCUUCUGGGGAAGAGCACUUGUAUUCAUGACACCUGCUUGUUACAGACAAACACACCAACCAAAGUAUGUCUGCAGACAUUGCUGUGGAAGGCAACGCCAUUAAGCAAAGCCUCCCGAAAAGAAAACUAGCAAAUGUAGAGGAAUGUUCUUCUAAGCGAAAAGCUAGCUGGGGUAUUCUGACCAGUCAAGGCUCCUGGGCAGAUCGAUCACCACUCCAUGAAGCUGCAAGCCAAGGUCGACUUCUUGCUCUGAGGACACUAUUAUCACAAGGUUAUAAUGUAAAUGCAGUAACCAUAGACCAUGUCACCCCCCUCCACGAGGCCUGCCUGGGAGAUCAUGUGGCAUGUGCAAGGACUCUUCUGGAAGCUGGAGCUAAUGCAAAUGCAAUCACGAUAGACGGUGUGACUCCCUUGUUCAACGCAUGCUCACAAGGCAGUGCAAGCUGUGCAGAACUUCUUUUGGAAUAUGGUGCCAAAGCUCAACUGGAGUCCUGUUUUCCAUCCCCAACACAUGAGGCUGCGAGUAAAGGGCACCAUGAAUGUCUCGAUAUUCUGAUGGCCUGGGGUAUCGAUGUUGACCAAGACAUUCCUCACCUGGGAACUCCUCUUUAUGUGGCUUGUAUGUCACAGCAAUUCCACUGCGUCUGGAAGCUUCUUUAUGCUGGUGCUGAUGUCCACAAAGGCAAGUAUUGGGACACGCCACUCCACGCUGCUGCUCAGCAGCCCAGUACUGAAAUUGUGAACUUGCUGCUAGAAUUUGGAGCAGACAUCAAUGCCAAGAACACAGAACUUCUGCGGCCAGUUGAUAUGGCUACAUCUAACAGUGCUGUAGAAAGACUACUUCUUCAACAUGAAGCUACCCCAAGUUCUCUUUGCCAACUCUGUCGACUCUGUAUCCGCAACUACAUAGGAAGACAAAGGUUGCAUCUACUCUCCCAGCUCCAGUUACCAACGUUGCUGCAGAAUUUCAUACAGUAUCGAUAACACAGUAAAUAGUUUUACAUUCUUUGAAAAUCAAAACUUUAUAUUUCAUUUUCUUUUUAAAAUAUAGAUUGAUAUGGGUGAAGGCAAGUAUAGUUCACCUAAGGAAGCAGUGGAAUCUCAACAGAGUUGCAUUGAAGAAUACUCACUAGUACUGUUUAUGAAUUUUUGUGGUCUUUUGAACUAUAAUAUGUUUAAAAUAUCUAUACUAUGUCAGCAAUCUCAGUAUACCUUCUUGACUUAGGGGAAUAUGAGUAUUAUUCAUUUUAUGUUUUUUAUUAUAGAGCAGAAAAAUUACAUACUUUUACUAAAUUUUUAAUUCAAUAAUAAAUUUCAUACUGUGUUACAUUUUGAAGAAUCUGUAGUCUUCAAAUAAUGGGCUAACUGUAAUUUCAGCUACUACCAUUGGUUAUCUCUGUAUUUUUAAUAUUGACAAAAAUUUUAGAGCAACUAAUAUGCUUUUUGAAAUAAAGAUGAAUUAUA